UGGUAUAAAGCUUGCCAGCGACAACUAAAGCCCUUCAAUUUCCCCACUAGGAUUCACAUCGUAGUAAAUUCUGUCGACGGGAACCUCUUCUUUUUCGUCUCUCCUUCGCUAGCAGCCAAUAUGUCGUCCGGGUACAGAGCAAGCAAGUCUGGCAUUGCUGCCGAUAUCGAGAAGAAACAGGAGCAGAAGUGGGAUGACUUGGAGGAGGAGGGAGUACCGCAAGCUGUAACUGACUGGAUCAACGCCCUUCUCGAUGACCCUAAUGAUGUGUGCGAAGACGCUGGCUGGCAAACUAUCCAUAGAUUUCUCAAGGAUGGCAGCAGACUAUGCCGAGUGGCCAACGUUCUUUCGGCAUCCGAGGGAGAGCCAGGCAUGAAGUUCUCAUCCAACCAGUCGGCCUUCUUCUGCAUGGACAACAUCGGAAAGUUCCUGAAGGUCGCUGAGAAGUACGGUGUCAAGAGGAAUGAUCUUUUCCAGUCAAACGAUCUGUAUGAAGGACUGAAGGGACCCACCGUCAACGUGAUCACGUGUCUUCACGCCCUCGGCCUGGUCGCCAAGAACAAGCGAUUCGAACCCGAGUACACGGGCCGCGGCGCCAUCGCUCUUGAGAACCCGCGCGGAUUCACGGAUGAGGAGAUUCGCGCACAGUCCGCCGGUAUCAUUGGCAAACAGGCGGCAGCUUCUCACGGACUGGCUUCUCAGUCCGGCAUGCGUGCACCGGGAACAGGGCGACACAUCGCUGAAGGAAAGUGACAACUUUGAUCUGAACUUAUAAUCUCCUAAUAUCACCACCAUACACAUCUCCCCUCGCCCUCUCCUUCUAUACCAUGCUACUUUGAAGUAUUAUACGCCAGUUUCCUGACACAUACGUUUCAGCUGAUAAACAAUGUACAUGAAAAUGCUACCAACAUCUUCACGAUUAUGUACAGAACAAUAAUGAUAACAAUAUGCUCCUUGUUUAAGGGAUGACACGCUGGUUACAGGGGGGACUGAGGAGAUCCUGAAUAGCUUUACGCUGUUUGGCAUUGCAGUUCGUUCUUUGCCACUCUAUUCCCACGGUGCAUGCAUGCAUGCAUGCAUGUAUGCCAGCUGCUUCUUCGCUGUUCUUGCUCUGCUUCCGAUGUUCUACCAAUUUCCAUCCACUGCUGGAAUCAUGGGGUUCUCAGUUUA